GUUAAAAAAAUAAGAGACUCCGAGGGGCUGAGAGAUAAAUAAUAUUGUGAUAUGGAAGCCCCGAGGGCUGGAGUGUGUGACGUCGAGCUCGACGAAUUCCAUUAAUACAAAAUCCAUUAAGGGAAUACAAAAAUAGUUUCAUUGAUAAAAAUUAUAAUGAUAAUCUUGGGGAAUUACUGAAUUAUUUAUAGGGCGAUGUAUUUGCAGUCACAUACGAAUAGAUCCUUACAGAUUUCUCAACGGUCUCCGUCAUCAAUUAAUCAACGAUUGACAUCCUCCCCGUGGGCGUGACAAUCUCAUGUCUUCAAGUCUGAUAGCCUAUUUCCAUAUGUCGAAUCUAUUCCAUCUGGCCCGAAACAGGCGUAUAAAAAGGUGGCAAGCGGUAUUGAAUUUUAUUCAGAUUGAAGCAUAGGAGUAAAGCACCACCAUGAAAGCGGUUUUUCUCGCACUCGCCUUUUUGGCAUUGCAUGGCACGAGGACAGCGGGACAGAUAAGGAACCUAGACGAUGCGAUCAACCAAUUUUCAGUACAUUUGUUCCAGGCAGCGUUGAACGAUGAACCAAGAAAUUUGGUAAUUUCUCCAUUAGGUGUUUAUAUGGGGUUGGCCGGGGUACUUUAUGGUGCUACAAAUGUGACAAAACGUGAACUAGAGGACUUUCUACACCUAUCAGAGGAAGACCUAUCUGAACAUGUAUUGGAUUUUGGAAGUAUUGUUACUACUCUCGACCUACAUAGUAACGUGUUCCUGUUCCUCAACAAAAACAGAGUUUUCGUAAAGCCUAGCGUAUCACCAACCCUCAGGUAUGAAAACAUUCUUGAUUCUGCAUUCCAUUCUUCAGUGGAACGCGUCGAUUUCACCGAUACGAUAGCCACUGCAGAGUUAAUAAAUGACUGGAGUAACCAAAGUACUUCUACAUUUAUUGAUAAGAUUGUGAAUCCAGGAUUCUGAUUCUGAACACUGUUAUAAUUAUACUGUUGUAUUUUCAUGGACAGUUGAUCAGUAAUUUUUAAACGAGUGUAAUAAAAAUUGGUUUUGAAAGAAUAAAGAUAUUAAAU